AUGCUGGACGUAGUGAGAUUUGCGCAAUAUAAUGGCAGCACUACACCUUCGCCUUUGGAGAACAUAUCAACAUUCCCGACCUGGCAGCCCGACACUGAGGCCAACAUCUCUAAGCCCCACAGAUGUCUUCAGGUUCUCUAUGAGGACAUUGGGGACUCAAGGGCCAAGAUCCGCCUUACCUCCAGUCCCAUCUUCAUCACCUUUUACCUGCUGGUUUUUGUGGUGGCGGCGGUGGGAAUAACAAGGGCCAUAGUAUCCAUGACAGUGAGCGCAUCCAGCGCAGCCACUAUCAUAGACAAGGUGCUGUGGGAGAUCACUCGGUUCUUCCUGCUUGCUAUUGAACUGAGCGUCAUCAUCCUCGGCCUCGCUUUUGGGCACCUGGAGAGCAAGUCCAGUAUAAAGCGCGUGCUGGCCAUCACUGCUGUCCUCGCUUUGGCCUAUUCGAUUACACAGCUCCCACCCUCUACCUCCCUGCCCCGGUACAGCUCAGAGCCCAAGAUCCUGUUCUCCUACAAGUCCCAGAUGGACGAGCCCGAGGAUAGCGACGUCCACCUGCCUCCCACCUCUGCCGCCGGAAUGGGCCGCAAGGAGCAGCCCGACCAGGGCCUCUACUACUCCUCCACGCAGAUCGACGGCUCGGGGUCCGCAACGGCAGGGGCCUACCUGGACGACGUGGUCUCCGGCAGCGUCUUCAGCAUCAACCGCUGGAGGCCUAUCAACGUGUAA